AUGGAUUUCCAACAAGCACAGCAGACGCAACAACAGCAACAGUUCAAUGCCUACAAUCAAGCCUUCCAGCAACAGCAAGAUUUACCCUUUUUGAACCAAAACGGAGCAGCCAUGGCCGCCGCUCAGCCAGUCCAAGCGGGUCAACAGCAAUUGCAGCCCAAAACAUCCAUGGGCCAGCUCAAUCACAGAGCUUCCUUUAAUUCCAUCAACAGCGCAGCAGCAGCCCAAGCAGCCGCUCAGAUGCAGCAACAAGUCUCCCCCUCUGCCUACCAAUACCAGAAUCAAUCGCAAUCUCGACCACAAUCCAUUCAUACACUCAAUCACGAUGCCAUGAAUGGCGCAGCGUAUGCCCCCUCUUCACCAGGCGCAUCGUCCUUCAUGACCAUGUCUGAACGGCGCUUGUCACGAGACUCGAAUAUGGAAGGCUACGAUGAUCCACGCGCCUUGGAAUAUUUUGAGAAUGUCGGUGCUGGACGCCCCUCGCAACCACUGACUGCAAAAGACCCUGGUUCGCGCUUGUCCCAAACAUUUAAUCUACGUCGUGGCUCGACUGCUUCGAGUAUCAUGGAUCCCUUGCGGAGACCACAAAACUUGGCACCGCAGAUCUUCACACAAGCCAAUAUGUCUGCAUUGAGUGUGGAUACACGACGUGCUCAAGCAGCCAUGCAACAGGCACAACAGCAACAAGCCGUUCAACGCGGCUACCCGCACCCUCACCCAAACGCUCCUGAACCAACCGCCGGUUUCCCCUAUGCCUUUCCCGAUCCUGAUAUGGGAGAUGGCUCGAGUUCUGCUGGUAUGACACCACAGACUGCGACGUUUGGCACAUCGACGGGAAUGCUGACACCCUCGUUACAGCAUCAACAACUUUCCGCACUGAUGCAAGAUGCGAGUCCUUACUCACGCUCACCGGAACUACGCGUUAGUCAUAAAUUGGCUGAGCGGAAACGGCGAAAGGAGAUGAAGGAUUUGUUUGAUGAUUUGCGGGAUAAGUUACCACUCGAUCGAACACUCAAGACGAGUAAAUGGGAGAUUUUGAGUAAAGCUGUUGAGCAUGUCAAUUUCUUGGAGGAACAACUCAUGCUUGCUCGACGGGAAAUCGAUGAGAUGAGACGAGGUGGAUCGAGUGGGAGUGCUGGUGGUGUGAGUAACCCACCGGGUAGCAAUGGAAGUGGCACAAUGCACUCAAUGGCAAUGCAGUCUUGA